CAUUCACUAAAAACAUGGAUGCAUUACAGAAUUUCACCCAGUCUCUGGAAAAAACUUUCAAGGAUGUAUUCCUCAACUACAUGAAUAACUGGCGUCAAAAUACCACAAAUGAACAAAAGGAAUUGCAAAGAAGACUUGAAGCUGAAAACCUUGACUAUGUCAUUCUGUAUCUCAUGGUGAUGAUUGGCAUCUUCUCCUUUAUUGUUGUGGCGAUCCUAGUGAGCACUGUGAAAUCAAAAAGACAAGAACACUCCAAUGACCCCUAUCACCAAUAUAUUGUUGAUGACUGGGAGGGAAAGUACAAAAGCCAAAUCCCACUCCACAACGAUCUUAAGUGCACUGUUCAUGAAAAUGUUGGUGCUAAAGACAAACUAAGCCCCAAAUCUGCUUGAGAAAUCAGCACAGCAUGAAUUGAUAAGGAUGGAAGAAUAACUCAUGGUGUCUGAGGGGCAGGGGAGAAUACUAGGUCACUGUAACUUCUAAAACAAGUUAAAUAUUAAACAAUGUCAUGUAA